CUGCGCGACCGCGACGCCCUCUGGCCCGGCGUCAGUCAACUACGCGGUGAUGAGCAGGGUGGCGGUGUGGUGAUGGACGCUCAUUAAUGUGUCAUAAUGGAGGACGGACUACUAAGCUUGAGUGGAACAACACAAACCACAUUCUUUGAAAUCCUCAGGGUAUUAAGAGAAAAGGCAAAUUAUACAGAUGCCACUAUUGCAGUGGAUGGAAAGUUUUAUCCAGUUCACAAACUGGUAAUGAGCACAUGCAGUGAGUAUUUUAGUGAAAUAUUUGAAAAAACACCAUGCAAAUCACCAGUGAUAGUGCUAAAAGAUGUGCGCAGUCAGGACAUGGAAGCGCUGUUGGACUAUAUGUACUUAGGUGAAGUUAACGUAAACCAAAAUGACUUAGCCUCGUUAUUGAAGACAGCCGAAUGCCUCAGAAUUAAGGGCUUGGCAGUACCUGAUGAAGACACUACAAAGGUAAGGAAAGCACCUCCGGAUGAUAGACAAGAAAGUCCGCCACCAAAGAGAAGACGAAAUGAAGACAACUCCUCCUCAGCACCUAGGCCAGUUUCCCCAUCAGUCAAUGCACCCUCUAAAACCACGACGCCAUCGGUGACACCUCCAGUCCAAUCGUUGCCCGGGUCCCAGUCCCAGGACGGGAUCCAGGACUCCUCAUUAGACGUCCCGCCCAUGGUGAAGGUAGAAAUGCAAGAAGCUGACGACCCAGACGACUACAGAAAGGACAACAGUUACGAAGGUGGAUCAGUCAACGAAGGCGACAUGGGAUCAGACUUUGGCGCGGAAUUAUCUAAAGCGGAACACGACCCUGACAGUUACGGCAGUGGAUCAUACGCAGGACCAUCCAUUCAACCUGGGGGUGACCUCCCUUGGGAUGAGGGAGAUUCAAGCAGUUUUCCACAAGAAGGCUUCUCAGGGGACUUACCAGCAGGCCAGCAACCUCAAGGG